UCCUCUUCCUCUGGCUCAUAGCUCUUCUGUGUUGCUCCAGUUAUUUUGCAUUAGUUGCAGUUUGGCUGGGCCUGAAUUAUUUGUUUUACGCUGUUACUUUGACCCUUUUGGCCUGCAGGAUUUUUUUUUUUAUCGGAGAGGUGUGAGUGUUACUUUCAUUUUACACUUUUUUUUCCCUCCUUCUUCUUUCAGAGGCUGUUUGGCACGUGCCCCGCCCCCUCCAAAUUCAUUUUCCCCAUUUGUUCUGAAAUUCUGUUGCUUAAACAAUACACAGGAUUUUUUUGAACAAUGAGUUCGUACACCGUUUCCCUCGCUGGACCUUCUCCUUGGGGCUUCCGGUUGCAAGGAGGCAAGGACUUCAACAUGCCCCUCACCGUUUCUAGGAUUACACCAGGGAGCAAGUCAGCCUCCAGCAACCUGAUUCAGGGUGACAUCAUCGUGGCAAUUGAUGGGGUCAGCACAGAGGGGAUGACACACCUGGAGGCCCAAAACAAGAUCAAAUCUGCCAACUUCAAUCUGGCUCUCACCAUGCAAAGGUCAAAGCGACCCACUCCAGUUCCCAUGACAACACCAAGGAUUGACUCCCCUAUGCCUGUGAUCCCCCAUCAGAAGGAACAGCCUUUGCAAAUGAAUGGGACCCUCUCAACUUCUGCUGAGACAAACUCUAGCUACUCAAGCAAGCACACCAACCAGUCCUAUAGCACUGUGGUGAGCAGUAGCGGAGAAGCUUCUGUUCCUGCUCAAAGCCAUUUAGCUGCUCCGAGGGACAAAUCCACCUCCGGGCAAAAAAGCCAGCAGUAUAACUCCCCCAUCAGUCUGUACUCUGCAGAGACAUUGCGAGAGAUGGUCAUGCUGCAAGAGAGGGUUAAGAGCUCGGGGUCAGGCAUGCCUAGUUGUACUCCGGCUGAGCAUGCUUCAGUUUCCACCAGUAUUGCACCUGUCUGUCCGCCUACUAUUGCUGCUUUGCCCAAUGAGCUCCUUUCGGAGCUGCAGAUAGCCAAUCAGGCACCCAAGCCUGAUGCGGAGCAGAUUCCUGAGCAAACUACUGUAGCCAGCUUCGGCUUGCAGACCUCUAUGGGUUACACUUCCCAGUACAAAACCUCCAUCUCCAGUUCUUACACCCAGCCUCCACCUAUGCAGCAGCCGCCACCACCCAUGCAGCACAGCUCCAUCCAGAUCCCUCUAGGUCCACCUCCAUCUAAAGUGGUCAGCACUGCCACCAUUGUGCCCGCAGCCUACCCAUCUGCCCCAGCUCCUCCAAUGGUUCACAAACCUGCUCCUCCUCCACCUGCUCCUGCCGCAGCUCCAGCGUCUUCUUCCAACAGGCCUCCUUGGGUUACUGAUGAGAACUUUGCCGAGAAAUUUGACCCUAGCAAACCCACCACCACCAAAAAUAUCAGAGUGAACCCUCUUCCCCAGGCGGCCCCACCACCACCAGCCUACAUCCCCAACCACGUCCCUGCUCCCGCUCCUGCUGCACCCAGCCCUGCAUUCAACCCCGCCCCUCCUCCAUUCAACCCUGCCCCCUUCCCACCUGUGGCUCGUGGAGUUGCUCAAAGGGCAGAGCGGUUUGCAGCCAGCAACAGAACACCUCUGUGUGGAGCCUGCAAUAGCAUCAUCAGGGGACCAUUCCUGGUGGCACUGGGUCGUUCCUGGCAUCCAGAGGAGUUCAAUUGCCAUUAUUGCCACACGUCCCUGGCUGAUGUCAGCUUUGUGGAGGAGCAGAAUAAUGUUUACUGUGAAAACUGCUAUGGCGAAUUCUUUGCACCUACCUGUGCUCGCUGCAACACCAAGAUCAUGGGAGAAGUGAUGCAUGCACUGCGGCAGACCUGGCACACCACUUGCUUUGUGUGUGCAGCUUGUGGAAAGCCCUUUGGAAACAGCCUCUUUCAUAUGGAGGAUGGUGAGCCGUAUUGUGAGAAAGAUUAUAUUGCACUCUUCAGCACAAAGUGCCAUGGCUGUGACUUCCCAGUUGAGGCAGGAGACAAAUUUAUUGAAGCUCUUGGUCACACAUGGCAUGAUACCUGCUUUGUUUGUGCGGUGUGCCAUGUGAACCUGGAAGGACAACCUUUCUACUCCAAGAAAGACAAGCCCUUAUGCAAGAAGCAUGCACAUGCCAUCAAUGUGUAGAUGCUUCAACAUUGCAUCAUAAGCUGUCAGUGAAGGAAUUAAAUGCAAUUAAUGUAACAUUUGCAUGUGUGGUUUUAUGUCAGUACAUCAGUGCCAAUCCAAAUGACACAAAAACUAAUAUAAAAGAUAUACAGUAUAUCGUUUAUUAAACAGCAUAUUAUUAAGCAAAUGACUGAAUGAUACAUAAACUAGGCUUUUUGAUCUUUUUAAUCCAAAUCCAAUGUGCACAUAUAAUUUAAGGUAAUUAUUUGUCUUUAUUAUAACCCUAAUACAUUUACAUACAUGCACUUGUUUGUCUGAUAUACAUUAAUUUAAGAGAUAUAACAUUUUCACAUUUUUGGGGGUUUGGUGAAUUUAUGCAACAUACAAUUUUUGUGAUAUUAGUGACUAAAACCUUAAUUAUAAAGAUAUUAAUAUUCUACAUGAAUGUUGAAGAUUGCCUGCAGAUGUAGUUGCUCUUGACAUAGUCUGUCAUGUCUUGAAUCAUUCAUAAACCAGAAACAGCCUGAAAAUGUCUAUGCAUGUUAUUAUGCCUUAAACUCUAAAGUAAAUUUAAAUGUGUUUUUAUUCCAUUACUAUUUGUUUUCCUGAACAAUAAUGAGGCCUAUGGAUCCCUGACUUGAAUAUCAGUCACAAAAGGUUGUUAAAUAGAUUGAGACUGGAUGUUGAGAUGUUGUUGUGCAGUCUUUUCAAUACUGAAUGAGUGUUUUAUGUGUUACUAAUCUUGUUUAUUUGUGCUUUUAGUGUGUGUGAAAGCAAGUGAGCUAACUCAUGCGUAUGUGAUGUCAACAUUAGCAUUAUGUGUCAUUCUGUUUUUAUCAACUUAUUUUAAGAAUAUAAGCAGGGCAUCUGGAAAGGUAACAGAAUUUAUUU